CUACAGACCAUCAAAUGUCACAACACGACUCUCCACCAUCCUCACCCACCAUGUCCGAAAAGCGCAGAGUAUCUGACGCUGAUGAUGGCUUCACAGUCGUCAACAAGCGCAAGCAGCGCAAGCUGGAUCGGCACCGUCCCAAGUUCCACUACGACACUGCGUUCUUCAGUGGCGCCAAACACAUUGGCAUUGCACACAUUCGCGACCUUUCGCUUUACAUUGCAGCAGAGGCUCCAAAGCCUGGGUGGCUCGUGGUUGACCAUCAAAGCUAUGUGACCCACACGGUGGUCGUCCUUGCAUCUGGGCUUCUCCCAGAGCAUCUGGGCUUGCCAUCAUUAAAUCCCAACGACCGCCUUCCCUUUCCCACACAGGCGGAGGGCUCGCGCGUCCCCUUUGCUCAGAAGAUUUGGGCGUACGGAUGUCCCACACGAGCCCCAGGCGACAAUCGUCGCCUCCAUUCCGUCAUGGGCACGCUGCUCCGCGGUCCUCUGCCGGACGCACUCAGGAAGAAACGCGAGUCUGAGAUGAAGAAGCUCAACGCGAGCUUUGUGAAGGGUCGUGACUCGACGCCCCUCCUUUACGUCCUCACGCCGCAGCAGAUGGCCACAAACGGGUACCGCCUGCCGUCUUACGUUACGCCCAGCGAGCACGUAUUCAUCCCCGGCGAGGUCCCGGCGCGCGACGCCGAGAUUCUUGCCAAGACACGAGAAAGCGCAGAGAUGGGCGUUCAGGGUCCGUUGUCCGGCACAGUCACGGUCGCUGCCAGCCAGACCAAGUACGUCGAGGUCAACGAGGCUGGACAGCGCACACGAGGGAACGUCCGAGCAGACGAGGGGUGGGUCGAGACGCCACGCGCAGAAGGGCCACCGCCUGGGGGCGAGUACCCAGUUCGCGCGAUCGACUGCGAAAUGGUCCUGUCGGAGGACGGCCAGGAGCUCGCGCGUGUGUCUGUCGUCGACCUUGAGACGGGUGAGGCCGUCUUUGACGAGCUGGUGACGCCUCCAAAACCGGUGACCGACUAUGUGACUCAGUGGUCCGGCAUGACCGCUGAGCGCAUGGCAGAAGCCAAUUAUACGCUCGAGAGUGUACAGGAGGCACUGGUUACGGGUUCCGACCCCAUUAUCACGCCUCACACCAUCCUCCUGGGCCACAGCUUGGACUGCGACAUGGCCACGCUCAAAAUCCGCCAUCCUCUUAUAAUCGAUACAACGCACAUCUACCGGCACGCGCGAGGACCGCCGUACAAGCCGUCUCUCAAGUGGCUGACGAAGAAGUGGCUAGGACGCGAGAUUCAGACGGGCAACCUUGGGCACGACUCGCGAGAGGACGCGCGAGCCUGUGUCGACCUCCUUCGUAUGAAGCUGCAGCACGGUCCGGACUUUGGGGAUCCCAACGUGGACUCGGAGUCAGUCUUCGAGCGCCUGAAUCGCAUGGGAGGAAAGCCCCGCCGUUCCCUCGUUGCAGACUAUGGCAACCCACGCGCGUGGUUUGGAGCGAAGGCCACCACAGCCGUGGCGUGCAAGUCGGAUGACGAGAUCGUCGAUGCGGUUGCCAAGGAGGUCGGCAAGCACGAGUAUGUGUUCGCGCGCCUUACUGAGCUCGCGAAUGUGCAGAACUGGAACUCGAACAGCGACAGCUUGAACGCCGAGGAGCAGGAGGAGGAGGCGCUGGACGCUGCGCUUGAGCGCUUCAACGCCCGCCUCCAGCGUCUGCACGAGGCGCUGCCGACAAACUCUGCACUCAUCGUGCUGACGGGUCACGCUGACCCCCGGCCUAUGCUCCAACUCGCUGCCCGUCAUCGCCGCUUCGAUGCUGCAUUUGCUGGCGCCAACGGAGACGUCAGUAAGAUCUCCGGUGAAGAUAAGUGGACGACAGAGGAUGACCGCAACUUGGAGGCUGCCACGGCUGAGGCGCGCCAGGGUAUGGCCUUCUUCUGCGUUCGUUAGGCUAGAGUAGCAGUAGAAGAGCUUUAGAUAUCUCGAGUCGUGCGCAGCCUUGUAGACAUUCACUGCUUGCAUGAUUGUGAGCACGGUAGUAAGGCAGACCAGAUUCACUCAGUGGCAGGGCACACGCCCCCGAUCUGCAGUCCGCAGCUGCCCAGCCGGAUAUGAC